AUGAGGGGGUGGUGGUGGCGAGCCGGUGACAGGUGGGCGCAGAGCGCGCGAGACCUAGCCACUGAGAUUGGCCUUAGGAAGUGCAGGCACGUGGGCUCGGGCCGGGCCACCACGUGGGUGCGGGAGAGGGCGGGGCGAGCAGGAGCGCGCAGGAGUGGGCGGGUCCCAGCAGGUGUGCCCCUCGUGGAGGCUCCGCAGGUGGGCACGGAGAAGGCGAGAUCAAGGCGCGUGCGCCGCCCGCUGCUGGCGCGCACCCACGUCCAGGGCCGCGUCUACAACUUCCUGGAGCGUCCUACCGGCUGGAAGUGCUUCGUCUACCACUUCACCGUCUUCCUCAUUGUCCUCGUCUGCCUCAUCUUCAGCGUGCUGUCCACCAUCGAGCAGUAUGUCAGCCUGGCCACAGGGAUCCUCUUUUGGACGGAGAUUGUCCUGGUGGUGUUCUUCGGCACGGAGUACGUGGUGCGCCUCUGGUCGGCUGGCUGCCGCAGCAAGUAUGUGGGCGUCUGGGGGCGGCUACGCUUCGCCCGGAAACCCAUUUCCAUCAUCGAUCUCAUCGUGGUUGUGGCCUCCAUGGUGGUCCUCUGUGUGGGCUCCAAGGGACAGGUGUUCGCCACCUCGGCCAUCAGGGGCAUCCGCUUCCUGCAGAUCCUGAGAAUGCUCCACGUGGACCGUCAGGGUGGCACCUGGAGGCUGCUGGGAUCCGUGGUCUUCAUCCAUCGCCAGGAGCUGAUCACCACCCUGUACAUCGGCUUCCUGGGCCUCAUCUUCUCCUCCUACUUCGUGUACCUGGCCGAGAAGGACGCCGUGAACGAGUCGGGCCACGUGGAAUUCGGCAGCUACGCGGAUGCGCUGUGGUGGGGCGUGGUCACAGUCACCACCAUUGGCUACGGGGACAAGGUGCCCCAGACGUGGAUCGGCAAGACCAUCGCCUCCUGCUUCUCGGUUUUCGCCAUCUCCUUCUUUGCGCUCCCUGCGGGCAUCCUGGGCUCCGGGUUCGCCCUGAAGGUCCAGCAGAAACAGCGGCAGAAGCACUUCAACCGGCAGAUCCCGGCGGCUGCCUCGCUCAUCCAGACGGCAUGGAGAUGCUACGCGGCCGAGAACCCCGAGUCUUCCACCUGGAAGAUCUACGUACGCAAGGCCACCCGCAGCCAUGCCCUGCUGUCCCCCAGCCCCAAGCCCAAGAAGUCCGUCAUGGUCAAGAAAAAGAAGUUGAAGGCUGACCGGGACAAUGGGGUGAGCCCCGGGGAGAAGACGCUCACAGUCCCGAACAUCACCUACGACCUAGCAGCUGAGGAGAACAGGGCUGACCACGUGUCCCUCGAUGGCUGCGACAGCUCUGUGAGGAAGAGCCCCACGCUGCUGGAGGUGAGCACACCCCAGUUCAUGCGAACCAACAGCUUCGCUGAGGACCUGGACCUGGAGGGGGAGACGCUGCUGGUGCCUAUCACCCACAUCUCACAGCUCCGGGAGCACCAUCGGGUCACCAUCAAGGUCAUCCGACGCAUGCAGUACUUCGUGGCCAAAAGAAAGUUCCAGCAAGCGCGGAAGCCGUACGACGUGCGAGACGUCAUCGAGCAGUACUCGCAGGGCCACCUCAACCUCAUGGUUCGCAUUAAGGAGCUGCAGAGAAGGCUGGACCAGUCCGUCGGGAAGCCCUCCCUGUUCAUCUCCGUCUCAGAAAAGAACAAAGACCGCGGCAACAACACGAUCGGCGCCCGCCUAAAUCGGGUGGAAGACAAGGUGACACAGCUGGACCAGAGGCUGAGGCUCAUCACCGACAUGCUGCAGCAGCUGCUGGCCCUGCAUUCCGGAGGGCCCCCCGGCGGCGGCGGCGGCCGAGUGGUCCAGCCUGGCGGCGGCGGCCCCCUCCACCCCGAGCUCUUUCUGCCCAGCAACACCCUGCCCACCUAUGAACAGCUGACUGUACCCCGCAGGGCUGCCGACGAGGGGUCCUGCUGGGAGCUCAGGGCAGCCAGUGGGCCUGAGAGGGACACCAUGGAGGAGACCCCCGACCACCCUACUUCUCCCUCAGCAGGGGCACCACUGGCCACAGCGCCUUCCUAG